CCCAACUGGGAGGCCAUAGGCUCACGCCCUUGUGGCGGGUGGUCCUGGCCAGCCGUGCCAACCAUGAAGAGCCAAAGAAAAACCCUACCUGUCGGAGCCAUGCGUUCACACCCCAUUCCCACCAUCUUUGCAAUGAACUUGUUUGCAUGGCCCCCAUCGCCUGUAUCGUCCCCUGCCUUUCAUCCGGCAUUAGUAACGUUCCCACAAUCCAAAUUCCAACACCGGCUCAUGUCGUUUUAGCCAUGGGUCCUUCCACACGCAAGAGGCUCGCCUCAUAUUGGUCCAACCCGGCGAGCCACUAUCGUAACUAUACCAGGAUGACCGGGAAGAACGCACGCACGCACGCAAACAAGCGGAGUCUGAUGGAGAGAAUGGACCAAGGACGUACAUUAUGGAGGAGGGGUGCGUCGUGUGCCCAAGCUGUCGGCACACCUCGCCGUCCGCCACGCGGUCGAAUGAGAACCCAAUCUACACCCGCUUGCCCUGUCAUCCACCGUCCAUUCAUCGCCCGGCUUGAGCUUGAGCUCCACCCCUUGAGCCAUUCAGCCCACUGGAAUCAACUCCGUCUCCCCAGGACUCAUUGGAGAGGGUUGGCUUUCUUCCGUCGUUCUUUUCCCCCGGGGACCGAACUCUGGGGCACCCCCAGCAAAAGCCUUGGGGUAGACAUGAGGAGAGAAUGUGGGUGAGAUCCUGGGGUUUGGCAGGCAGCUGAAUGAACCCGCUGAAAGGAGGAAUAAUAAGACACUAAGCACCGGCUCGCCUUCCCGAUACCUUACCCAUACCGAACACAAUCUGGCCUACUCCAUUUAAUAUCUGUUUUAUAUAGAACGAGGUAGCAUCCCCUUCUCCUU